AUGAGUUACAAUUUAUCCAAGUAUCCCGACGACGUGUCGAGACUUUUCAGACCUAAGCCGCCCUUGCCCUACAAGAGGCUAACGGAUUACCCAUACGCCAAGAGGCAAACAAACCCAAAUAUCACUGGCGUUGCCAAUUUGUUGUCCACCCCUUUGAGAAACUAUAUGGAAGAGUUUCCACAAGGCACCCCCAACAACCACCUACAAGAGUACGAAGAAGUCAAACUCGCCAAGACCAAAAACUCCCAACUGAUAAAUCAGAGAUUGCAAGGUUGGGACCCGAACGCAGACCCUCAUAUCAAGGACACGGAUCCCUACAAAACGAUAUUCAUUGGAAGAUUGCCGUACGACCUCAACGAAAUCGAACUGCAAAAGCAUUUCGCCAAGUUUGGAGAAAUUGAGAAAAUCAGAAUAGUCAAGGACAAGAUCACUCAGCAAAACAAAGGCUAUGCCUUCAUAGUAUUCAAGGACCCCAUCAGCAGCAAGAUGGCUUUCAAGGAAAUCGGCGUGCACAGGGGCAUCCAAAUCAAAGACAGGGUCUGCAUAGUCGAUAUAGAAAGAGGUAGAACCGUCAAGUACUUCAAGCCAAGAAGGUUGGGCGGUGGCCUCGGUGGGAGAGGCUACUCUCACAGAGAGAACAGAAUCCCAGGAAGAUUUGCGACCGCAACCGCCCCCACUCCCAUGGAGAGAAUCCACGCUCCCAGGCCGCCACGCAGGGAGCCUUCUUCCUCCACGUACACUCCGGAUAGAUACACCAGUGUCACCGCAGACACAAGAUAUCACGCCCACCGGCCCCUGCUUGCCGCAACAGCCCCAACCCCCAUUCCCGCGGUCACCUCGGUAUACAAGUCCAGAAACUCAAGAACAAGAGAGUCCCAGCCAGCUGCCAAAGAAGUACCAGACUAUUGA